AUGUCAGGUGCCACAAAACCUCAUCAUGUGGUCGAUCAGAAUGGAGUGGUGUUGGGCUACUCGCAUUUUGGCAUGCUGGCAGCUGCCAGGUGGAUCCUGAAGGAAGCCAGUCCCAUGAUCAAGGAUGCCAUGGAAGCAAAUCCUGGCUAUGCCCUAAGAAUCACAGGCCAUUCGAUGGGCGGUGGAGCGGCAGCAAUGCUGACAAUGAUGAUACGUGAACAGCACCCAGAGUUUGGCGACGUGGAAUGCACUGUGUUUGCAUGUCCAGGCUGCAUGACGCUAGAGAUCGCAAAGUCUUGCAGUGCAUACGUGACCAGCUACAUUUAUGGAACUGAUUUGGUGCCAACAAUGAGCCCAGGUUCUCUUGAUCAACUGAAGGAGGAGGUUGCAGCGUCGUCCUGGGCGAGUGCAUUCCAACGGGACAUGCGAUCUUCUAGGGUGGUGCAGGCUGUGGAAGGCAGCAUCAGAGGGGUUGUCCACAUGGCAAGCUCUUGGACCAGCCGCUCCUGGGAGUCUGCAUCCUGGGGAGUUCGCUCAUGCUAUGCGGCCCGCUGCACAGGGCCAAGGCACAAGCCAGACCAAACAGGUGGUCAAGGGGACGAAGGCCAAGCCCUGUGGGAUGGCCCGUCCUCUGGAGAGAACCCACCAAACAACUGUGCUGGCCAAUUCACCAGUGGAGAUCAACCAGCACAGGCACCAGAGCAACCAAAUCAAUCAAUUCAGGAGGCUGCAACAGCCAGUGCAACUACCAAUGAUGCGUCCAGGGCAGGGCUUGUUCAUCUGAGCAGCUUGACAGCCACAUCCAGCUGUGAUGAUGGGGAUUGUCUUGAUACUGCAAGCCCAAUGAAGAUUGAAAAUUGUAGCGCAGCGAUGGCAGAUGUCAAUCAGGGGUGUGACGACCCUCCAGAUCUGGGCAACAGCGAGAGAUAUGGCAUUGCAGAGGGAGCAGCCACUGAGCAGGCGGCACAGAGCACGACGACCUAUCAGUACUUGAGCAGCGGGGUCUCCCGAUUCGGAGACCGGCUUCAGAAGACUGGUGGGAUGGUGGCUAGGUACUCGAGCAGCCUGUGGACGAGCGUCCUUGCGCCCCAAAGGGCAUCAAAGGACCCAAUGUUGCAGAGUGCUGCGGAAGAGGGAGCUUCAUCGGUUCCUCUGCUUGAUGGAGGGAAGGGAACAUCCCCAGAGGGGUCAUCUUUUGCAGAGGUCGAGAAUCUGGAUACAGGGGAUGAGAUGGAGCCUGCAGAGGAGGAGGGAGUGUUUGAUGGACGGACCAUUCAGGGGACCGAAAGCCAGGACGCUUCCGCCUCUUCAGGCUCCAUUGCUGACAUGCAGUCGAGGCGGCAGCUGUACCCCGCCGGCAGAUUGCUGCACUUGGUGCCGGCCUACAUUUUGAACGCGGAGAGCAGGAGUGACGAGGAGUGUGGGGAGCUUGGCGAGGGCGUCUUGAGGGAGAUGGGGGCGUGCCUUGCGGGGGGGAACAUUGACCAUGGGAGGUUCGGAGCGGCGACGAGUGGAGUGAACGGAGCGACCGCGUCUUCGUCUGGACAGCAUUGGGCACGGGGAGGUGGCAAGGACCAUUGUGAGCUGCCUGUGUCUGUGCUCACGAAUUCAGACGGGGACGAGGUUGCCGAAGAGCAGAAUCGCAGUGAAGGGGAUUUGAAUGGGGGCCAUGGCGACCCGGGGACCUCCGAGGAGGGCCCGGAGGAGGAGGGCGGGGAGCACGUGCUGUUCCUUGACGUUCCCCAGGAGUCGUAUGGCAGAAUGAGGAUGUGCAGGUCCAUGUUGAUGGACCAUUUUGUCCCAAGGUACAUGGCGGCCUUUGAAUCCAUGAUCCAACGGCUGAAUCGGGCUUCCAGCGAUGGCUGA